UAAGACCCGCCCCCAUGUGAGCCUCACCAUCUUUCUCUGCUACUUUCAAGGAUUUCCUCUCUUCUCUCCCAAUUUUCUUCUCUCCGUUUCUUCGUUUUCACAGCAAAACGAGGCUCCAGAAAUGGCAAACAAUGUCGGAAUUCUCGCUCUAGAUAUCUACUUCCCUCCUACCUACGUUCAGCAGGAAGCAUUGGAAGCUCAUGAUGGCGCAAGCAAGGGGAAAUACACUAUUGGGCUUGGACAGGAUUGCAUGGCAUUCUGUACUGAGGUUGAAGAUGUCAUCUCUAUGAGCUUGACAGCUGUCACUUCCCUUCUUGAAAAGUAUGGAAUUGAUCCAAAACAAAUUGGCCGGCUAGAAGUAGGCAGUGAGACUGUUAUAGAUAAAAGCAAAUCAAUUAAGACUUUCCUGAUGCAAAUAUUUGAGAAACAUGGAAAUACCGAUAUUGAAGGUGUUGAUUCAACUAAUGCAUGCUAUGGGGGUACAGCUGCCCUAUUCAACUGUGUCAACUGGGUAGAGAGCAGCUCCUGGGAUGGGCGUUAUGGUCUUGUGGUGUGCACAGAUAGUGCGGUCUAUGCUGAAGGACCUGCUCGUCCUACUGGUGGGGCUGCAGCUAUUGCCAUGCUGAUUGGACCUGAUGCUCCUAUUGCUUUUGAAAGCAAGUUGAGGGGAAGCCAUAUGUCUCAUGUUUAUGAUUUUUACAAGCCUAACCUAGCCAGUGAAUACCCGGUUGUUGAUGGUAAGCUCUCUCAAACAUGUUACCUCAUGGCCUUGGAUUCAUGCUACAAACAAUUAUGUCACAAGUACGAGAAACUGGAGGGCAAACAAUUUUCCAUUUCCAAUGCUGACUAUUUUGUAUUUCAUUCUCCCUAUAAUAAGCUUGUGCAGAAGAGCUUUGCUCGAUUGCUCUUUAAUGACUUCAAGAGAAAUGCCAGCUCAAUCGAUGAACCUGCUAAAGAAAAGCUGGCCCCAUUUUCAAACUUGUCUAACGAUGAAAGUUACCAGAGUCGGGAUCUCGAAAAGAUAACUCAACAACUUGCAAAGCCUCUUUAUGAUGCAAAGGUGCAACCCUCCACUUUGAUACCAAAGCAAGUUGGAAACAUGUAUACUGCUUCUCUCUAUGCAGCAUUUAUAUCACUUCUUCACAACAAGAAUAACUCAUUGGUAGGAAAUAGGGUGAUAUUGUUCUCUUAUGGAAGUGGGUCAACUGCAACGAUGUUCUCAUUGAAACUCAAUGAAGGUCAAAAUCCCUUUAGUUUGUCCAACAUUUCAGCUAUCUUGAACGUGGAUAAAAAGUUGAAAUCGAGACAUGAGUUGGUACCCGAGAAAUUUGUCGAAAUAAUGCAGCUGAUGGAGCAUCGAUAUGGGGCCAAGGACUUCGUGACAAGCAAGGAUUGCAGCCUGCUAUCACCAGGCACCUACUAUCUCACUGAAGUUGAUUCAUUAUACAGGAGAUUCUACGCCAAGAAGGAUGGCGAAAGUGAAAAGAUUGAGAAUGGUGUGGUUGCUAAUGGCCACUGAAAUAAAAACGAGAAUAAACAAGUGGACUGAAGCCAAAUGCUGUGCUCUUCAUUUAGUUAUUGUAAGUGUCAACUAGAAAUUUUCUUUUCAUAAGUUAUUUACAAGCUAAGCUAAGCUAUAGAAGGCAGUACGUUCACACUAGUUUUCUGUUGUUCUUUCUUCCUUUUUUUUCCCCUUCCUGUUAGGAAAAUUGUCUCAAUAAUUGGUUGGCUUUAUUUAUUCACAAGAUAAAAUGUAAUGUUGUUGUUGAUGAUGAUAUAAUGUAGACUCCUUCCCCCAUUUUUCACUUC